CGUGAAGAUAUCGCACUGUAAAAUUUUGGAUUUUGUGGGUAAUAUCGCCAAAUUGGAGUCUCCAUAAAAGUAUUUUUUUUUUUAGAUUAUUCAAAUGUCUUCUGUUGUCAUUUUUUAUUUUUAUCUCGUGUUAACAGCAUAAAAUUAAAUUGCUCUGCAACUUUUUUCAAGAUAAAUUUGAUUGAAAAUCAUAUUUUACACAUUAGAAGGUUAGCUUAGGUUAUAAGAUAUCAAUUCAAAGAUGAAGCGACCAGUAAAGGAUUUAGACACUGGCGAUUUAAAUACAAAGAAUGAUAAAGAAACAACAAAUAAUGAAAAGAAGAAAGUGAAAUUCGCGAUACCUAUAGAUAAUAAUAUAAAGACAUCUUUUACGAAGAAAAACUCAAAGGGAAAAAAUUUACAAGUGGCAAAUCGUAGUGCAACAACUGAGAAAAUAGAUUUGCUUAAAUCAAAAAAGAAAAAAGCACUUGGACAGAAACCUAAAAUCAAAGAAGAAAAAGACUCGAAGAAUUUUCAACUGACCAAAAAUGAUGCAACGACCGAAAAAACAGAUUGGCUCAAGUUGAAAAAGGAAAGAAAGGAGCUCAGGCAAAAACGCAGAGCUAAGAAAUUGAAUAAUGACACAGUGUACGACAAAAUCAUUCAGGCUAAACAGAUUAGCGAGAAGUUACGUAGAUCGGAUUGUACGACGCAGGAUCGAAUAAAUUUUACUCGAACAUUACAUGAAAUGUUGAAGAAGCACUACAGCAAAGUGAUAUUUACACAUGAUAUGUCGAGAGUUGUUCAAUGCAUGAUUAAACAUUGCGAAGCAGAUGUUCGAAAAGCUAUAUUUCAUGAAAUAAAGCCAUUCGUUGGGCAGAUGUUACAAUCAAAAUACGCGAAAAGUUGUAUAAGAAAUAUUUUAAAAUACGGCUCGCGAGACAUCAAAAAUGACGUUAUCAAUACGUUUUACGGUAAUAUCAUUAAAUUUAUGAGUCACACUGUAUCGGCUCCUCUCGUCGAACUCGCGUAUUCCAAUUGCACGGACCUCGAUAAAAUAUACUUCAAGCAAGAAUUUUACGGGGACAUAUAUAAACAGGCCAAGGAUAAAGCCGUUAAAUCAUUGUCGGACGUAUACGAAAAUGCAGACGGUAUGAAAUCAGCUACAUUAUCUGCCGUGAAAACAAAUCUAGUUAAAAUUUUAAAUAAAGGUCUCAUUAAUUCCACUCUAUUGCAUACAAUUUUAUGGGAAUUCUUCUGUGUGUGUUCGACGGAAGACAAGAGCGAAUUGAUAGUUAUGCUGCGUGUUUUCAUUGUACCGCUAUCACAAACAAAAAUGGGAGCGAAAGUCGCCACACAAUGCAUAUGGCAUGGCAAUAACAAAGACAGAAAAGUUAUUAUGAAGGCCCUCAAGGGGAAUAUAAGGACAAUUUGUAUAUCCGAACACGGUUACAUGAUAUUAUUAGCGCUUUUCGAUUCUAUAGACGAUACAGUUGUAAUGAAGAAGAUAAUAUUGGCCGAAUUGCAAGAAGAUCUAACGGAUAUUGCACUAGACGAGUACGGGAGGAAGGUAAUAUUGUAUCUCGUGGCUAGAAGGGACUCUCAUUAUUUUUCGCCAAGUAUCGUGGAAUAUUUACGUCAAGGUGACGACAAUUCGAUAAGCAAGAAACCAGCCGACAUUAGGGAAAAGGAACUUCUCGAAGCAAUUCGCGAUCCACUUCUUGAGGCUGUGAUCGCGGAUGUAGCAACGUGGUUGUCCAAUAGCGCUAUAGCCAUGGUUACUUUAGCGAUAUUAAAAGUAGGAUCUGGGGAGAAACUUAAGUCUGCAUUCGAAUUAAUUGCCAAGUUUAUCAGCAAUGAAAAUGCGAAGAUCACAGAAAACGAUACUGUAUAUAAUUUAAUCGAACAUCCCGGAUUGCAUAUGAUGUUGAAGAAACUUAUUCAAAAUGACAAGGAGCUAUUAAAAAAGAAUGAAUAUAUAUUUGGUAGCGCAUUGCUACCAUAUUUAACAUUAGAAGUACUCAAAACAUGGAUAGAAUGUAACAGAGCUUGCUUUUUAAUAAUUUCACUCAUAGAAAAUGAAUCCACAAAUUAUGCAUCUAUAUUGCUAGGUAAAUUAAAACAGAUACAACGAGAUCUCGAAUUGAAAAAGAGUCCUGGAAAAUCGAUAAUAUUAAAAAAAUUAAAAGAAAGUCAUAGUUCAUAAUAAUGAAAACUGAAAGUAUAAUAUGAAUUAUUAGUAUAACAUAUGAUCCAUAGACAUACGAAUGGACUAUACGAAUAUGCUAUAUAUUUUUUCAUACUAUAUAUAUUAAAUAUAUUCGAAAACAAAGAAAAAGUGCAACUGGCCAUCUUCAAAUUAAUUAUAUUGUUUUGUUUCUGUUUUGAAUAUGUAUGCAUAUAGUAUAAAAAAUAUAUAGCAUAUCUCUAGUCUAUCUUUAUUUUUAUAUCUGUGGUCAUCAUAUUAUGUAUAUAUAUCACAUAAUAAUAUUUUAUAUAUAUGUACACAUAGCAUAUUAUGUGUGUUUAAAAUGUACAAUUAAGUUUUUUGAAACUUAAUUUUACAUUUUCAAUUUUAUAAUAGUGUAUGUGUAAGAAAAAAUAAAGUACUCCUAAUUUUUUUAUAAGAUGAAUUUCUUUCUUAAUUUAUUUAAAUAUUCUGGAAAAAGAAAAUUGUUAAUGUUUACGAUUCAUAUCGAAGUAAAUUUUAUCAGACUAUUUCACAUAAGAA